CCCAGCUCUAGCUGUCACUUUUACUUCCGUUUUCGUCGUGUGUGCAUUUUUUCGUGUCUAAGGAAAAAGCCGGAAAAAGAGUGUGUAGAGAGUCUACAAAUUGUGAAUUUACCAGUAAUAAUCUUUAGUAAACGCACUUGCUGGAGAUACAAAUAAAGCCGUAAUCAUGGUUGGAUCUCGAGUAUACGUUGGCGGUCUGCCGUACGGAGUGCGCGAGCGCGAUUUGGAGCGUUUCUUCAAAGGCUACGGCCGCACUCGCGAUAUUCUCAUUAAGAAUGGCUACGGCUUCGUGGAGUUUGAAGACUAUCGUGAUGCCGACGAUGCCGUGUACGAACUGAAUGGAAAAGAGCUGUUAGGCGAGCGUGUGGUUGUUGAACCCGCCAGAGGAACCGCUCGUGGCAGCAACCGCGAUCGCUACGACGAUCGCUACGGUGGUCGUCGUGGCGGCGGCGGUCGUUACAAUGACAAAUCAUCCUCCCGCUACGGGCCGCCCCUGCGCACUGAGUACCGCCUGAUUGUCGAGAAUUUGUCCAGCCGCGUCAGCUGGCAGAGUUUGAUGUGUUUUGACUGAGAGAUUGCUAUGCUUGGGCCUAAACUGAAACCGAAUUGGGACCGCAAACCGAUAGAGAAUCGAAUCGCCAUGAGAAAGACAAACUAGUGACCGACCGGUUUAGAGUGUGUAUCGCAAACCGUGAUGUUGUGGAAGACAGAGACAGUCCCCAGAGCAGCCCCAGAUCGUCGCUCCGCUUGGGUCCGAUAUCUGCGAUCUCCGACCUGCGACCUACGACCUACCGCCUACCGCCUCCACGAUGCGCCAUCGCCGCCGCCUCAUCCAUCAGUCCAUUCCAAAUAGAGAACAAAUAUCGAUUAGAAUCGAAUGAAAGAAAUGUAAAGCAAACUGAAACCCAAACAAAACCAGACGAUGACGAUGGACGACGAUGAGCUGAUGAGCUGACCAAGUCAAAAGGUCUGCCCACGUCCCCUGACCAAAGGCGUGGGCCGGCCUCUUGCUUUAGGUAUUUAAUUCUCUGCUAAAAAAAAACAUUCACAAUCUAAUCAAAAACAAUAUUAUAUAAAGAAUUGUCAAAUUCCUUAUAGCAAUUGUGAGUGUGAGGGCGCGAAUCGAGUCGAGUGUGGUUAGAUGAGAAGCUUGCGUUCGCUUAUUCAGAGAUGAGAUGGUCUUGGCGACGAUGAUGAGAUGAGAUAUGAUCAUGAGACGAUGACCGAUCAAAGACGAUGAUGAGGAUCUGGUCGCGCGUUCAGUGUCCAACUUUGGCUAGUGCCUCCGACCUUAGUCCUUCCCCAAUACUUCCCCGGUACUUGUGGCUUCCGGCUCUGGCUACUGGCUUACGGCUCUGGCUUCUGGCUUCCGGCUACCGCCUCCGGCUGAGACAACUUGACUAGACAACCAACCGGUUGGAGCAGCGAGCAGAGAGCAGCGUCCCCCGAAACGUAUUUCUUAUUUUUGCAGUUCGUUUGUGUGUGAGAGAGGCGCCGAAGCCGCUGGUUGUCCGACGCUGCCCGGCAAACUGCUCCAAACACUCCGCUCUCCGGCUCUCUGGUGUGGUGGCUCUGGCUAGCGAUCGAUGUCUGCUCUGAUCUGAUCUGACCUCCUCCUGACUGUAUCCGGAGUGGCUAUCUCCAAAACAAAAAGAAACCGCAACACUUGAAUACUUUUUUGCCAUUUCUAAUAUGAAUCUGUUGUACACGAAAAAACGAAAACCAAAAACAAAUCCAACCAAACGAAUACCAAACCAAACGAGGUCGGGCCAUCCAUCCGCUCAUCCGCCUGCCUGCUGGCUACUUACUGUUCACUGGCUGCCUGGUUGAGUUAACGAUGUUCGAUCGGACUUUCGAUGAGGUGUCCUUGGUGCUAUUGGCCCACAGUUACUAGGCAGACAAUCUAAACUCUCGGUGUAGAAACGAUGUGUGUGUCCUCCUCUCUCUGAAAGCGCAUUAA